AAUAAUCUCUCCCAGACAAUCAGGUUAGACUGCUCUCAUUUCAACAGUCAAAAUGGAGGACGGAGAAAGUUCAGUUGGCAUUUAUGAUAGUUCAUAUAAGGAACUGAUUUAUCAAGAGGACUUCAGUGAAGAUGAGCACACUCUCUACUCAAACCAAGAGAAGCAACAAGUGUCCAUGUCCAUGUUGAGACCUGAAUCCAUUGGGAAUCAUUACAAACUGCUUACAGUAAGCCUGGCAGUGCUUGCUGUCAUUCUACUAGCAGUUGACAUUGGCCUGGGAGUCUAUUAUAGCAAACUUACUGAUGAGCAGCACAUAACGGACAUCAGCAAUGAGGUGGCCAAACUGCAGGCUACUUACAACGAUGCAGUCCAAAGCAGGGACGAAGCCAAGAAACAGUUGGCAAGCGAGAUCAGUCAGCAGCAGUUUACCAAGUGGGAGAUUGAACACGAGAAUAAAAGACACAAAUCCUAUGAAAAGCUGAGUGACAAAAUUCAACUGGAAAUUGCAGCGCUGAAGUCCCACAUCCCAAUGAUUAAGGAGGGCUGCAGACACUGUCUACCAGGAUGGACUUUCAUGAACUCCUUGUGUUACUACUUCGCUUUCCUUGAUAAUAUGUCACGCAGAUCAUGGCAGGAAGCCAGACAGUUCUGCACAAAACGAGGAGGUGACUUGGCAGUGAUAGACAGCAGAGAGACACACCUGGCGAUAAGUAACUUGAUAAAUAACUAUCAAGACCGUGCGAGAGAAAUAAGCAUCAGUGGCUUCUGGAUCGGACUGAGAGAUGUGGAGCAAGAAGGGAUUUGGAAAUGGGUGGAUGGAAGAACACUGAAUGAGGGGUUCUGGAAUGAUGGAGAGCCCAACAACCAGGGCAAUGAGGACUGUGCAGCUGCAUAUCCCAGAAGCAACCCUUUUAUGUCCUGGAAUGAUGCUCCAUGCAAUUAUGAACUGAAAUGGAUUUGCCAAAUGGCACCACAGUCUUCUUCUGAAAGCUAAAUGUAAUUUUAAUCAGAUUUAUUUUUCAAUGAAUUGUUUGAAUGAAGAAUUAACUCAGCUUUGGAGACUUUUACACAUCUUCUGAAUCUUUUUAUUGUCAUGUCAAUAUUGUCAAUGGCAAGAAAGGUCAUAAUAUGAAAAAUACAUCUGAUUUAUGAAAUUAACUUUAAAUACAAGUUAACCAUUUUACUGUAAUAAAUACUAAUAUUAGCUUUACCAUGUACAAAUGAAUUACUACUAUAUAGAUCUGUACACUUGGUAACCAAUUUAUCAAGAAAACACAUACAGUCACAUAAACUGUACAUUCCUGCAAGUCAUAUGUUGCGUGCCAAAGCAGCACUGAGAGCGUCAGUUAGCAUGGAGUUGUUAAAUUAAGCUUGCAAAUCUCACAGACAUUUAUUAUUAGAAAACCAGUAAGUGUUAACCUAACCACUGGAGCUAAAUAUUAAACGUCUGUCUUGUUGGCCUUUUCGUGUGGAAAAAAACGAACUACCAGUGACCAGAGAGUGUGUAAAUAAAAACGCAAAGCUUGUGGAUCAGAGGGAUUAAAGAAGAAUGGGGAGAAAAGUACAAACGAACAGACAUGCCAUAACAAAGCCAGUAACAUCCAAAUUCAACGCUGGUGCGCAGAAUGUUUCCAACGCGAUACAAACCCCAAACUAAUGCCCAUUUGUAGAUUUCCAUGUCUGACUAAUCUGCCAACUAAUCUGCUAAGACCCUUUUUGUUCUGAAGCCUGAUAGCUAACACCACAGCGAAAUAUCUCUUGUCUUUGACAUCUAGAUUAUUCAAACCACACCUC